UGUGUCAGAUGUCAGCCGACAGUGUAAACAAAGUUGAGCUGCAUUCAACGUUGUCAGCAAGAUAUGCCAGAUAAUGCCCCCAAGAGGACCAGUACGAUUAUCUUCUUAACUUCAUGGACUUUGGCCACUUUGGUGGUUGUUGCAGUCGUGCUUAUUGGUGGAGAAAUUGCACCCACUCCUUGGACUCAAAUCACAGUCCAAGGAACAAAGUGUUUUCAGUCACCAGUGAAUGGAUGGUACUUCUCAGAUGGAAAACACGACUGCCUCAGUGGGUUUGAUGCUACUAACAUUAAGAGGACCAUUCAUCCAGACAACACAUAUUAUACUUUUCAGGUCCCUCAGAUGAAAGACAGCACAGCACCAAGGCUCUCUAGAUGGCAAUGGAGACUAUACGGAGUUUUACGCCUGCACCUUCUGAUAAAUGAUGGGCAUAUAUCAAGGCACAGUAACGAUAUAGUACUGAAGUCCCGUAUAGGGUACAUGGAUGAUGAUGACAUGUACAAUCCAACACUGAUUGCAGAAAAUUAUCAAGAACGGAAACUAUACUGUAAUUAUGUAAGAAAGCACACGUUUGAUGGAAUGAUGUAUGACUGCUCUCCCCAGGUGGUGGUAGUUCUCUACUCGCUCCACCAUGACUACUACCUCAUCAACAUUAUGAUUCCUCAUCACAGAGAUGAUACAAAUGAAUGGGUUAAUCGGAAUUUUGGACGUGUUAAGGAUGCAUAUAUAACAUUUUUCAGCCAGACUGGCUGGUACACAAAGCUGCUGGUGUCACUUCAAACAGUUUUCUUUCCUGUUCUGUCCGCACUCUUAUGGAGAUUCAGGAAGUGUGUUGGGGAGCUGGAGCGACCUCCUACACACCUUGAGUGCGUCUUGGCACUCUUGGCUGUGGCUCUUAUAGUAAUGAACUGUCCCUUGGAGUUUGUAACGCUCAUUGCUGACUGUCCCUGGAUGAUAGUAAUUAAUGAUAUUCGACAUAACUUUUUUUAUGCUUCAUUCAUGACUUUCUUCCUCUACCUCACUGACAAACAUCUUGAGCCUGGAAAAUUAUGUCCCCAUGCUAAAAAAGCCAUAAACAUUAGUAUUCGGUCUGGCACCCUUGCAAUCUUGAUCGUGGACAUGAUAGAACACCUUGUGAAUGCGGAGCACCCACUGGCUGUGACCUUUGAGAGUAUGCACCUGAGCAUGACCAUGCUCUUCUUUUGUAUGUUGGGCUGCUACCUCACCUGCAUCACUGUCAGGACCUGCUCGGCAAUGGUUGCAGUCAUUAAGAAGGGUCCAACUUAUGCUGAAGAAACACAGUGUCAAGAAGUGGUGGUUCUUAUUGUCACCUGGAUCUGCUUUUCAUUGAGUGCAGCUGAUUUUGUCAUCAAGCGUCUCCAUGAUGGUAUGUGGAUGUGGGAAUACAGUUUUGGACAAUUAGAAAUCAAGAAUACAGGUGGAUUCCUCCUGGGUGUUUACUGCAUGUGGAAUGUUUACACUUGUGUUUUAUUGACUAUAUACACUCCAUUGAAAAAGCCACCAGAACAACAAGGCAGGUUAGAUAGAAACAGAGUUGUGGGUGUACCUCUGCGGGCCAGGCAGUCACCCUCCUUUAUUGACUUGAGAGUCACUACAUUAUGAAACUCUUCUGUUAUAUAGGACUCGUGUUAAUUUCCUCUACUCCUGUAGUAAAUCACAAGUGAAUGACUGAAGAAUACUGGAAAACAUUGUUCCUCCACAUUUGUUUCCAGAUUUAUUAAAACUUACCCGAGAAGCUCAGUGUGAAACUACCCUAUACUUGGCAGCUCGUAGCCUAUGUAUCAAAAUAUCCAUAUCAAAGGCCUGGUUUUCCAUUUCUGAUGUAAUGAUCUUUUUUAAGGUCAGGAACUAUAUAUUUUUUACUUAUAUUGUUCCAGCAUUUUAAUAAUGUUAAAGCAUUUAAAAAUCUAAAAUUAACACACCAUAUCAGUGCAUUGCUUAAUUUUAUUAUAUUAAACAGUAAAGCUAAUUUAAUUAUAAAUAAGUAUUUUAUUUGGUUUCAUUUCAUUCAAAUAUUUUGUAAUUUCCUAAAGAUACCUGUUGCAUAAUUAGAGUACUUGGCUGAAUAAUAAUAAACUGCUAUACCUGAGCCCCAUCAUUGUUGCACUGCCACUUACAACAAACACAACGCUAUUGAAGCAAAUGCUUGUGCUACUUUUAUUAUUCCUUAUAAAAUAUAAGAUGAAACAAUAUAUAUUUUAUAAGGAAUAAUUGUCAACUUGAAGUUAGUAUUAAGAAUAGCCAGAGAAAGAAUAGCCGACUGUGAGAAGGCCUGAGCCCAGGAGACAGCUGUACAUGGUGUAGGUAAUGUUUAUCUCAAUCUCUCGACACUUGUUAACAUCCAAACAUUUCCAACCAGUAAACUUGUGCUAGGUUCUGGUAGUAUAAUUUAUAUCACAAUGUAGACAAUUUUGACUUUUAUAGUGGUAUUUAGAAUAUUGUCAAAUUUGGUUCAAACCAAAUUUGAUGGAUGCCAGUUGAUUGUUCAGGUGCUGCUGAUAGGUACAGUAGUCUUGUCACUUGAGUCUUGUCAUCAGUCACGUUUGGUAUGAUCAUUCUUAAAUUUAUAAAGUUGAUACCCAAUAACUAUCAUACACAGGCUAUGGAAGUUGAUGAUGACUUUUAAUAUUCUCUUCUUUAAUAUUUUGUUUGAUUAAUAAAGUUAACUAGUCCUGUGCUGUAAAAGCCUCUUUUGGAGGCAUUUACUAACAUACUUGGCUAAGGACAACUGCAGCCAAAAUUAAAUACCAAUUGUUCCUCCAACACACUAUUUUGUCAUAAUAUUUGACCAAGAAUGCAAAUACUAUUUAGGUAGAUCUUAAUAGUGUUUGCAUUUUUAGUCAAAUAUUAUGUUCCGACAAAAUAGACGCUUGGAUGAAUGCAUUGAUGCGCCUAACUUGAUUUUGGACACAUUGGCACUUACCUGGUAUGUUAGUAAAUACUGUACCUCAUUUGAUCUCAGUUGUUAGAUAUAUUUGAAGAUUAUACUCAAAGUCUUUAAUGAAUUACUUGUUACAGUAUUUGUUACUUAUUCAAGUUUACCAUUGCAUGUUAAGAGGACAUGAAGAUAUUAUAAUGUUUCAUUACUGCCCAAUGUCUCAUUUGGGAUUAGAUAUAUUGCUUCAGUUGUUAGCUCUUUGACGUCUGCCUAGGCUUACAUAAGGUCUUGUUUCUUCUGUUGUGAAAUAGCUGGAAGUUUAUGGCUGAUGCAUAUACUCUAGAUAUUACAGGUAGCCAUACUAUUUGAUUUACUUUUGGUUUUAUAAGUUAUGUAUGGCAUGGUGCUCAGUGUAUCUCGGCUUCAUCAUUCACGAUUUCAUUUAAGGCUGUAAGAUUCAGGGCUCUUCUCAAACAUCACAUUUCAUUGUUGAUACAUUUAUUGUGUGGAGCAUUUUGGAAAUGGUCUUUUUCUGACAGGUAGGAAGAGGUUGAGAUUAAAGUGACUUAAAAGCAUAUUCAGUAAUUGAUCAGUGUCACUCAUGUCACUGUUCAGUAGCAAUUGAGACAUGAUUAACUUGAGUUAAUAUGCUGCAACAUACUUUAUCUUUGCAGUUUAGAUAUAUGUGGCUCCAAGAUUUUUGGAAAUUAGAUAGUCAUGCACUCGAAAGGUCAAUAUGUUCUAUAGACUUCCUAGUACAGCACUGCACAUUUUCUCUAUGCAUAUUGUAGUAAAUAAUAUUAGUUUUGAGCUGUUGAGUUGUUGCAUGCAGAAAGUUGUUUGAUCAAAGUUAUUAAGGUUGCAAAAAAUAUGCUCUUAACGUGAGUUUACUUUGGCUAUAUUUGUUACACAUGGCAUGCGUACUUGUUUUACUCGCAGAGAAAUCUUGUGGUGUUUUAAUGGUGCUCGUGCAUUUGAUAAGUAACAUUAUUAUGAGCUCCAAAAAAUGUUGUUUUUCUCUAUUUUCAAGUUUAUUAUACAGUGAUCAUCCACUGCUUGCAGUAUUCUCUAAUAUGUAAAUGUUUACUUAAAUUGCGUGUCAUGUUUGAUGGCUUAUUUGACAAAGAUUAAUAAAAGAAUAGUAACAAAAAAUUCACUUUAUUUGAUUCAAGAUUAUUUGUAGAUCAUGGAUUGACCUUAGCCUUAUUGAUGGAAUUUUGUUUUAUUAUGCAUGCAUGACAAGUUUGGGAAAUGCGUCAUGGUUUGCAGACUGUUUUAUUGCAUAAUAUAAAGUAUCGUUUGUUAAAGAUAAGGUAGUAUGAUGCCUUUUACUGGGUGUUAAGACUUUGUGUAAUAGAUGCUUCUGUUGAACUUGUUAUUGCCAAUUAAUGACAAAAGCUUCAGUGUAAAUAGUUGACAUAUGUUCCCUUGAAGUUUCUAAGAGGCUCUCAGUUCCUAUUUUUGUGAAGCUCACUUUUAUUAAACAGCAAAAUUCUGCAUGAAAGUAGUAAAGUUUUAAAAAAUAUAUGUUUUUGCCAUAUCUUCAUUAUUUUGUGAAUGUAUUCCUCUCUUGUAAUCUAGAAUAGCCAAGUAAUACAUAGAAGCUAUAUUAUCCAAAGGUAUAUAUUUUCGAGCAAACUUGUACUGUACUCUUAUUAACUAUACACUACAGUAAUGUAUGGUAUAAUGUUACUGUAUUUCUUAUUUGGUUUACUUUCCUGUAUAUGCCAGUUACAUUUGAUUAAUCAGAGCAAAUGUGCAAAUUUUCAGAUGUUUCUCUCACUUUUAAUUUCUAUUCAUUUUUAUUGGAUUUUGCUGACGCUGUAAUCUUUUAGCUCUAUACAAACCCUUUUGGGUGUGAUUGUACGUGUCCAUGUGUACUCACACUGAUGCCCCCACAUUGUCAUUAUUAUUAUUACUGUAUUAUUAUUGCUUUCCACUUUCGUGAGAGGUUGAGGCAUCAGCCUGCAGGUAUUAGAUAAAUACAAUAAUUUUUAAUAUUCGUAAUAUGUAAUUUUUUUUUAUAUUGUACAGUAUUGUAUUUUAAUAUUCUGUUGGUCAAAAGACAAAUGAAGUUAGUUCAGUGGCUUCCCUAUGUGUGUGUGUGUGUGUGUGUGUGUGCAUGUACUGGUAUUUCUUGGUAUUCAUGCCGGGUACCCCAAAUUAGAAUGCCAGUCAUAUGGUGAACACAAUUCAGCUCAGAUUUUGAGUGGCAGGCAGUGUGCUGAAUGUGAAUGUUUAUAAUCAUUUUACAUUUGCAUGGCCAUGUACUGUGGAUGAUUUGACUACAGACUUAAGCAGUCUAAACACUUUUAGUCACCUUGACAGGUUGGACAAAUGCAAUAUGGUAACUAGAUAUAUAUUUGAUGUAAAUGGUUACAGCGGUGGUGGUUGUAUGGUACGACAGUAUCGUGACAAGGCGAGCCAUAAGAUGAGGCUGUAGAGUGCAGAUGGUGGCAGAGAUGGUGAUGGCUGGUAGCUGUAAUGGUUGUAUGGUACGACAGUAUCGUGACAAGGCGAGCCAUAAGAUGAGGCUGUAGAGUGCAGAUGGUGGCAGAGAUGGUGAUGGCUGGUAGCUGUAAUGGUUGUAUGGUACGACAGUAUCGUGACAAGGCGAGCCAUAAGAUGAGGCUGUAGAGUGCAGAUGGUGGCAGAGAUGGUGAUGGCUGGUAGCUGUAAACAAAUUUGUCUGCUGGGAUGGCUAGGUUUGAGGCAGAUCAAAGGUGGUUUUGCUUCUGGCUGAGCUGUGUUGAGAAUGCUCCUGAUGCUGUGGUCAGACAGCCUUACAAUCCUAUCGACCUGACUCUGUUUGGAGCAACGCCGUUCAUUAUUUGAUUAAUGAAGAAACUGCUCAAUUCUGGGAAACGUGUGGACAUCAUUUGUAGCACUUGCAAUUCCUGCAGAUGUGUAAGUAGCUGCUACACAAUUUCUGACGUAGUCGUUACAACUGUUUAUAGUCAUACGCAGCACCGUACAGUACAGAGAUCGCUCACUAAUUCAGAUCAUAUAGAGUGGAUCCCAUCUGUUGUAUGAUGACCAGAAUCUUGUAUUCUGAUUGUCUUACAUUGUGUCCACAAAAAUUUCAAAAGUUGUAGUUUUUCUUGCAAUCAGUAGAAUACUUGUUUCCACAUACAGUAUAUUAAUAACACAAUUACAUUAGUAUUACUUCUUAAUUUGAUUUACUGUAAAUUGAACUAAAAUUAACUUUAACUUGUUAAGAGUCGAGAGGUGUCACGGUCACCCGCUGCAUGAAUGUGAUCACAUCACAGAAGACAUGGAUCCAUUCUUCAUUAAAAUUUUGGGACCUAUCAUAUACUAAAAUAGAUCAUUUACUGUAUAUAUUAAAAAGAAAGAAUCAUACAUAAUAGGUUGUGUACUAUAAUAUGAAUACAGUAUAUAUAACGUAUAGAAAUUUACCGGUAAUUAAUUCAAACACAAAUUUCCAAAAUGGUGCAUCUAUUUGUGUGACAUUUUCUGUUCACUUCUGUGGGGUUUCUGGGCCAGCCAUCGUAAAAAGUACAAAAAAUAUUCUUUCAAUAUGUUUCACUCAAAACUAAGGUAACAUUUCAAUUAUUGCUUCUGCUAGUGGACCAUUGGAAAGAAAACAUGCGAUAGUGAGCAUUGAACAGAAAAUAGAGCUUAUUAGAAAGGUUUAGCAGCUUUCCCAGAAGUAUUGUGGCCAUAGAGUACAAAGAUGAUUGGUGGAUGUGUUCUAUGAACUUCCCAGUUAUUUGGGACUAGUCAAUCCCACAUGGUUUGGGUAACAAGUAAAUAACUAUUAAAAUAUAUAAAUAAAUAAAAUUUAGUAAACCUAUGCUAUGUGUAAAUUCAGACAAAUUAAUUUUUAAAACACUAAUAUUCAAACAGUCAAAUGGCAGAUUUGUAGUGUAAGAUUUGCGCAACCAAGUCAUUGUUUCAGUGUGCAUUGCCACAAUAUCUCGAUCUGUCCUUGUGAUUCCUUGCAGUUAUUGUGUGUUUUCUGCACUUUCUGUAUUAUAUUCUUGCAUGGUGUCUCCCCAAACGUUUUGCACAUUACCUUGCUGACUAUUUUCGUUAAAAAAAAGUUAAUUUUUGAGUCAUGAAUGUCAUAAUAUUUUAACCAUAUACAGUACAGUACAGUACAGGUAAGUGUGCACUACUCGAAUACGCUUGAGGUUUACAGAAACACAGUAUUCACACAGCAAGGGUUUACUUACAAAAUUAUAUACAGUGGGUCUAAAUAAAAAUAUAAAUGAUGUACUGUACAGUAUAUAAAUACUUUUGAAUAUGAGCUGGCAUGUGGUGCAAGAAAUUGGUAAAUAUGGAAAUGAUGCUCCUUCCUUUACUUCCUAACUCAUAUAUUGUAGUAUAAAUGUCGCACUGUAGAAGAUUACACUACACAAAUUUAACAUUUUACAUUUUUUUUUGAGUAUUGGUUAAUUAGAAUUUGAUUUAAAGAUAUUCUACUGUAUGUACUAAAUUUUAGAAGUAUAUUUGCCCAAAUUUACAUGAAGGGCACCAUGUCGAGUGACUUCAGUGGAGACAAGAAGCCGACAUCUUGUCAAAGGUCCCACCCCCUUGAAUUAAAAAUUCCAAUGGAAUUUUUAAUUCAAGUAUUGUCUAGGCACAAAUAAAUUACACUGCAUAACAUACCAGAUCCUUCCUAUGCAAAUCUUGGAUUGAUUUCCCUUUAGAUUUCUCUGGCCAUGUUACUUCUGAAUUUUGUAUAAAAAAAAGCUGUUACUCCUGUAAUUCUUUCAUUUUUUUUAUGACAUUUACUGUUAUAACCACACUGUUUUACCAAGCUGUCUUGUACUAUGCCUUCUCGGGUGUUGCAGUGCCCUCUUGGGUGUUGCAGUGCCACCCUCUCGGGUGUUGCAGUGCCCUCUUGGGUGUUGCAGUGCCACCCUCUCGGGUGUUGCAGUGCCCUCUUGGUGUUGCAGUGCCACCCUCUUGGGUGU